CCCAUCGUGGGCACUUCGUUGUAAGUUUCUGGUCUGUUUCCGCCAGAGAUACGCCACUCGCCUACAGUACUUUCGGUAAUCAGGUUCCGGUGUAACUUCACAGAGAGACAACGUCAGCUGUGAAGCAAGAUGGGCACACGGGAAGUAGAAAGGUGGCAUGACAGGUAUGACGAAGAUGCUGUCCGCAGAGCUGAGGCUGACCUUCAAAGACAGCAUGAAGAUGAACGGGAAAGAGACAGACAACGACGAGAACAUGAAAGGGAGGAGAGGGACCGCAGUGAGAGGCAUGCCCGUGAAGCAAGGGAACAAAAAGCGCUGGAAGACAAGAUGACAGGACAUCACCUUGGCCUUUUGAGUGGGUUGAAAACCUACACAGUUGGCAAGAAGAAAAACAUCAAAGGACUCCACUACGUUAACAUCGCGAUGUUCGGGCCCACUGGGAGCGGCAAGUCAAGUUUCAUCCAGACUGCUGAACAGAUUCUCCUGGGAAAGACUACGGCCCUCGUUCAGGCGGAUUCUAAGGAGGGUACCACCAUCCUCGAGAAGUACCUCGCCGGCUCCACAUUAAAAUUCCAUUUGGUCGACACCAGGGGUUUCUUUGACUUGGACGAUUCCAUGCAUCAAGAGUUGGAUAACAUCCUUACAGGAAAAAUCCGCCCGUCUCAGGUGAUUGUGAGAAGUAAAGAAGAGAAGGAGUCUCUGAGCUCGGGCCAAACCCGGAUGAGGGAGGGCCCUGUUCCACUACAGGACAAGAUACACGCUGUUAUCUGUGUUCUGGGCCACAAAGAUCCCAAAGCAUACGGAGAGAAGAUGACAAAUAUCAGGAAGAGCUUGAGGGAGGAAGGCUACAGUCCCGUAGGUGCGGUGGCUUUCAUAAACGAGGCCGAUUUCAACGACAAGGGCAAGAGAGAGUCAGCGAUGAUCAAAAUGUCUGCAUCCAUGGGAGCUCCACGUGACAGGACAUACGCUUUCGUCAAUCACAUUGCAGCAAAAACCACCAUAACUCAAGAGUCCACCAUCAAUGUCCUGGAGAUCCUGGAUACGGCACUGAUCUCAGCAGAAAUGUACAUCAAGGUGCAGCAACAGCGGGAAGCAGCAGCUAAGGCGCGUGCAAAACCAACUACAGACGCUACCAGCCUGUCAGUGAGAGACUUCAUGGCCCAAAUCGGCCAGAAGCACGGUUGGGAAGAGGCGAAGGUGGACUCUGCGGUUCAGAAGCUGGAAGACGAAGACGUAUACAACGUUGCUGGGCUGAAAGAGUUCUGGGGCGAAGUGAAGUCAAAGUUAUCGCUCGGAAUGAGGUCUGCUAUUCAGAACGCCCUAUUUCCGAAGUAAACAAACACAAAAUGUCAGAAAGUUAAAGCUCCUGCUUUCCACAGUAAUGUCAGGCCAGUCAAGUCUACAUUCGACAAUAGUAAUAUUUUGAAUUGACAGACGUAGGGCUUUUUCGGUUUCAAAUCUUGCAGGGUUAAGAUCUUUUCAGAUAGUCGUAUUUGGUGCAAAUUAGAUAUAAGAACUGGUAGUAUGUAAUUCAACACUAGUAGUUAUACGUUAUAAUAUGCCAUAUAUACUGCAUGCAUGGCGCAUUUAUUUGUUGAAGCCCUUUUAAAGUGAUACUACGAAUGAUUCUUGGAUUGCAUUUAGAUUGUAAGUAGCGUCUGUGACUGAUAGUGAAUUUAAACAUCCAUGUAUUAAACAGUUUAACAGUAAAUCUAACUAGCUAUUGACAUAAGGUAAUGUGUUAAUCAAGAUUGAACAACAUAUGACUUAUAAUUAUUACCAAAAGUUUGUUGAAACAGCAUAUGUUGUAGUUUGCGGCACUCUUCCUUUGAAAUUGUGAUUAUGACAACAUGCUGACGUCUGAACAAUCUUUGGGUGAUGUCUUGCACUUACAUGAAAACGGAAACUUUUGCUUGUAA